AACAACUUUAUACUUAUGAGACCUAGAUUUAGAACUCUACACGGACAAUAGGUUCUGCUACUUCUUCUGCUACUUUUGAUCAAAGCAGAUUUUGAACAAAAUGAUGAAGAUCCCAAAGACCAAUGAACGGAACCUUUACAUGUCGGCCAUCUUUUGCCUCACUCUGCUAGGCAUCACCACAGCUUACAGGGUCAAUUGUCCUGAACCUAAAAUAUUUAAUGGAAAAAUAACAAUGAAAACAACAUCAUUCUCCGAGGAUGAGUUAGAAACUGGUUACAAAGUGAUGGAUACUGUAAAAGUGGCAUGCAAUAGUUUCUACAAUGUGAAAGGAUCAAAUACAAUCGUUUGUGGAAAUGACUUAAAGUGGCAUCCUGCAAUUCCCAUCUGCCAGGGUUGGUUUGACUGCCCUUACCCAGCUAUUGACAAUGGUCACAUUGUUCUUAAGAAUAAGGAAGAAUAUAUUCCUGAGCAUGUCGGCCAUGGUUUUACGUGGAAAAAUACUGUCCAGUUACAGUGUGAUUCUGGCUUUGUAAUGCAAGGAGAGGACAGCAGUGUAUGCACUUUCCUCAGAAAAUGGUCACCAGAACUGCCAAAGUGUGUACCUUAUAUUAAAGAAGAUAAUAUAAUGCUUGAAGACAACCAUGAAAAUGUACAUAUUGAUUUUAUGGAAAUAAAUAAUAAUACUUUCCCAACUACUAAAGCCAUUAAAGAAGUUAUUGGAAAGGAAUCUAAGACAAAAUCAAAUAAAGAAAUUCUUCAAAACUUGAAACUUCUUCGUGAUGAUAUUAACCAUAAUAUAAAACAACUGAUUAAAAUACAAAAUAGGCAAACAUUAAUACUUAAAAAAAUAUUUGAGAGCCAUCAACAUUCUAGAGCCCUUUUAGAGAAGCAGCGCAAAUUGGAGGGAUAAUCCUCUAUCUCAGGCUGCAAGACACAUUAUGGCCCAUUUUACCAUCAUAAAUCUAUUGUAUUGUUUCAAUGUAACAAUGUAAAAUUCAAUUUGAUAUCUUUUAAAACAUUACUGUUAUUAUAUCAAAAAAUAAACCAUUAAGUCUC